GGACUAAGGCGGGGCAACAGGGAAGUAGAAGCGCUUCAAUGUCAAAGCAGCAGCUUGAAUCGGCAGAAACUGAGGAUUGCAACAUCCACCGGCAAUAAACAGCAGACAGGAGACAGGCAGCGGGUCCAGCUGACGGAUCACAUGCAGUUGGUGUGAAGCUGAGGCUGUGUUUAAAGCAGGUAAUUCGAAAACAUGAACUCUAUCUCUGGAAAGAGUGUGCUGGCUCUCUGCAGACGGACCUCCGGCGCUCUCUGGUCUCUGCCCAGCCCGCCCCCGGCCGCUCUCUCCGCCGCUACCCCGCUGCUCUUCGGCGGGCUGAGGGUCUGCCACUCCGGCGGCAGCACCAGGCCCAGUGUUAACACCAAAAAGAGGGGCUAUGAUAUCACCAGAAACCCCCACCUUAAUAAGGGCAUGGCGUUCACCCUUGAGGAGAGGCUCCAACUGGGUAUCCAUGGCUUGUUGCCUCCAUGCUUUCUGUCUCAGGACGUUCAGGUCCUACGAGUCAUGAAAAGCUAUGAGACGCGCAUCAACCCACUCGACAAAUAUAUCUUGCUGAUGACCCUGCAGGACAGGAAUGAGAAGCUCUUUUAUCGACUGUUGACCUCUGAUAUCGAAGAGUUCAUGCCUAUAGUUUACACUCCCACUGUGGGCCUGGCCUGCCAGCAGUAUGGCCUGGCAUUCAGGAGACCACGAGGACUUUUUAUCACCAUACAUGAUAAAGGCCACAUUGCCACUAUGUUGAACUCAUGGCCAGAGGAUGACAUCAAGGCCAUUGUGGUGACUGAUGGCGAGAGGAUCCUGGGACUGGGAGACCUGGGCGGUUAUGGAAUGGGGAUUCCAGUGGGAAAGCUGGCUCUUUACACAGCAUGUGGAGGAGUUCCUCCUCAGCAGUGUCUGCCUGUGCUGCUGGAUGUGGGCACAGAUAAUGAGACUCUCUUGAAUGAUCCUUUGUACAUUGGACUGAAGCACAAAAGAGUAAGGGGAAAAGAAUAUGACGACCUCAUUGAUGAGUUCAUGCAGGCUGUCACAGACAAGUAUGGGAUGAACUGCCUGAUUCAGUUUGAGGACUUUGCCAACAGCAAUGCUUUCCGCAUUCUUAACAAGUACCGCAACCGUUACUGCACUUUCAACGAUGAUAUACAAGGCACAGCAUCAGUAGCUGUUGCUGGUGUACUUGCUGCUCUGAAGAUCACCAAAAAUAAACUGUCAGACCACAAGUUUGUGUUCCAGGGAGCAGGAGAGGCUGCUUUGGGCAUUGCUCAUCUGCUUAUAAUGGCAAUGGCUAAGGAGGGAGUGCCUCAUGCCGAGGCUGCCAAGAGGAUCUGGAUGGUUGACUCUAAAGGGCUUAUUGUCAAGGGCAGAGGUCAUAUCAACCAUGAAAAGGAAGAGUUUGCCCAUGAGCAUCCUCACAUAAAGACUCUGGAGGAGGUAGUGGAGACCAUCAAACCCACAGCUAUAAUUGGGGUGGCAGCCAUUGGAGGAGCUUUUACGGAGAAGAUCAUUAAGAACAUGGCCUCCUUCAAUGAGAGGCCCAUCAUCUUUGCUCUUAGCAAUCCCACCAGCAAAGCAGAAUGCACAGCAGAGCAGUGUUACAAACUCACUGAGGGUCGUGGGAUCUUUGCCAGCGGUAGUCCCUUUCAGAAAGUCACUCUUGCAGAUGGACGCACCUUCUAUCCAGGCCAGGGCAACAAUGCAUAUGUGUUCCCUGGAGUAGCACUAGGAGUCAUUACCUGUGGAGUGCGUCACAUAUCAGAUGACAUUUUCCUCACCACAGCAGAGGCAAUCUCAGACAUGGUAACAGAGGAGCAUCUAGCGGAGGGAAGAUUGUACCCUCCCCUUAGCACCAUCAGAGAAGUGUCAUUCAAGAUCGCUGUGAAGAUUGCGGACUACGCGUAUAAGCAAGAGAUUGCUUCAUGGUAUCCAGAGCCAAAGGACAAGGAAGCCUUUGUGCUGUCUAAUGUCUACAGCCCUGACUAUGAUUCCUUCACACUAGACACCUACACAUGGCCCAAAGAUGCCAUGAAGGUCCAGGAUGUGUAGCUGCUGUAGCCUUUUUUACCCAAGCCUGAUAUUCAUAUCAGCACCAUGUUCUCAUGCCUCUGUUUUUCCUUUACCACGAUUUUAUAAUUCAUGGUUGCUUUCUUUUGCUUUCAGUGCCCAGGCAUAUCUCUUUCAUUAGACAUGUGUUAAAAGUUAAAACUAGAGCUUCUGAUGCUUGAGACUUUGCUCGUUUCUGCUCACAGAUGCCAAAGAGCCUGCCUGUGCAAUUCACCAUAUCUGUAAUAGAGAUGUGCUUCAUUUGCUGAAGUUAAAGAUAACGAUCAUUUAACAACAUUGUUUUUAGGCCUUCUGCUCAAAAGAAGGGCAACACACUCCCUCAAAUUACGGAGACUGAGCAAGUUUUAAGUUUUUAUUCUACUCCAUGAUUUACUCCCUUUUCUAUACUUUGUUUUGCUUUGAGUGCGCACACUAACGUAUUUAUUUUUUAUUAAUAACGUCCCUCUCUUUUGUUAAGCACUCCUUUGUUUGAAGUCCCCAAGCACUGACUCCCUCUGACCCCAGUGAAGGGAUGAACUAUUUUUGUACAAUUACCGGUAUUAUUUAUCAAUAGCAGCAGGUUGAAUAUCUGUAAUGAGAUGGAUGUUUUCAUACAGAGGGAGUAGAAUAGAAAAGAAUUGAGUUUUAUUAAGGUAUUAUUAUACUCGGAGAGGGUUAACAGAGUUAUGCUGUGUGUUUUUGUUAAGAAAAAAGGGCCUUGUGUGUUAAAAUAAAGGGUUUGCCAAAGGAUAUCUUGAAUCCGAUAUACCACACUCCAAUUGCUGUCAAUAUUGUAUUAUCCUUAUUAAACGGUCACUGUUUGUACGUGAAGUAUAACCUUGGUCCUAAGCAGAUAACUAACAGUUGUGUUUGUGUUUGUUUGGUCUGACCUGAAGGAUUAUUGCGAUCUAUUAUCAUUUCAUGAACAUGCUCUGCUUAAUGAGUAAUGCACUAUGGAGGAAUUCUAUUUUCAGAUAUUCAAGGAAGGGAAAAUGACUGUUUUAAAUAAAUAAUGUAAACAAA